AAAGCGUAGAAGAAGAAGUGCAGCGUGAGUAUUUCCGGUUAGCAAAGAUGGCUCAAGGCUCGCAGAAGUUUAAAGCUCAGCGGCCAGGAGCCUCUAAGAAAAACCAUCAAAACAAACAGAAAGGUCCAAAGAAAGGAGGUACGUGUUUAAAAGCCGUCUGCUGUCCAAGGAGGGUCUAAAAUAGUUCGUUAAUUAUGUUUAGAAAAAACAGCAUCAACACGUGAGAAUCACGCAAUCAGCUGUCCACGCUGUGAGAUCGAUGAAGAACGUUAUUCAUGAUUGGUUAUCGAUUAAUAAUAAUACUGUCAAAUAACACGAAUCAGUGUAGUUUUCCCAGUAAACUCGGAUAGGAAAAACUGGACGUGUUUUGUUUUGCGGAAAUGUAUCGUCCUGAUGUGAUUCUGUUAAUACAGACUUUAAUCAGCUGGUAGUGAAACGAAAUAGUUACUCAGCCAUGUUAUUCAGAAAAGAGUUGCCGUCAUUAAGUCAGUGCAAGUAAUAUGAAGGCACCUUUCAGAUUAAACUACAAAGUUAAAUCAAAAUAAACUUAAGGGUCGCUGUAGUCUGCUGUUGUGCUUGCUGAAGCUAUUAGGAUUUAAAGGGAUAUUCCGGCGAUAUUUCAGAUCUGCUGUCUUAUUACUGGUAAUGAUGCUGGCUACUAAAAAGCUGUGAUCAGCUGACCAUAUGUUUGCAGCAUAAGUCAGAGCAGACUUGCAGUAUGUUGUGUUACUGUUGUAUUUAACUUGAUGGAUCAGUGGUUUCAGCUUUUAGAAUAACAGACCAUAACUUUUUUUGUUUUGUCUUUGGUGAAGGAAGGAUCAUUGCACCCAAGAAGGCUCAAGUUGUCCAGCAACAGAAGCUGAAGAAGGUGAGGACAAGUUUAACAAACUUGACAGAGGCCACCUGGUAGUUUGUUAUGUCAUAGCUCCUUUAAAUUAAUAGUAUUAUUUUUCCUGUGAUUAUAUCUAUAACCAUAACAGGUUGUCCAACUCAAAUGUGUCUCUCUCUGCUGCCUCUCUAAGGGUCUUGAGGUUGCCAUCAGAAACAAGAUAGAGAAGGAGGUGACACAGAAGGCAGCCUUGUCUCUCCACAAGCCACUUAACCUAGUCAAAGCCCCUGAAGGUAAAGACAACCCGGGAGCAGCUCAUUCAGGAAACGUCAGCAAAUAGGACCUGAUACACAUCCAUGGACUUACAGAGGCUGAAGUGCCAGACUACAGGACUUUGUGGUCAUUGAGCUACAUUGACCCCAUGCUUAAGAUUCAAGCCCUCCAGUUGUCUCAAGUCCCAGAUAACAUCAGGUAAAAAGAAACAAAAGAGCCCCUUUCUGGGUUGUAAAAUUCAAAUAAUGGACUUGAAAAGAUAUUAAGAUGGCCAUUUAAAGUAGCAAAGCCCUCCACCAGGGGGCACCACAGAAUUAAAUUGACUCUUCCUGAGUCUCUGGGGGUCCAUAUGUUGUUGUUGUUGGUGUUGUACUAAGUUCAAAUUUUAUCUGUUGCGCUAUUUUAGCCUGAUCCUUCAUCCACGGGGAAUGAGUACACAUUUAUUAGAGAAAUUCUCCAUCAACAAUAAGUUAAAGCUGUUUAGCAGAGUCAUUUCCCAUGCUGUUUUCCACAGUAAAACCUCAAUCUGAGGAACACAGCAACAAUUUUUCAAGCCCAACAAGGACAAGUGCAGCUCUGAGCUUCUCUGUGAAAAAUCAAGCUGAUAUUCAGUGUGUUUAUUGAAUAAGUCUGAUGUUAUUAAAUACCACAAAAGAAGUUGUA